UGUACGAAGUGUGCAGUGCGGAGUGUGAAAUUUCAUUAGAAGUGAAUUGUGUUUUCCCAGCGCGAGAUAACAACAAAGCUCUGGGGAGUAGUAAAUGCGUGUAAAAUGAGUGAUUGCCGCCACUCGAGUUUCCGCCCGUGACAGUUGUGCGGUCUCGCCAGCGGCCUGGUUGCGAUCGUCGCGUUCCCGACAUUGCGCUCGACUUUUGCUGAUUGUAAGUUUCCUCCAAUAUUUCCCAUAAGAAAACAGUCUUCUGCUAUUCUGCUGCAUGCUCGCUCGUUCGUUUCGUUCACUCUGCGAUCCACUUGAGCAGGAAAUAAAAUCGAUUGAGUGUCGCAAUUGUACGGCGUGUGAAGUGCUUUCCUCAAGUUUUCAUUUUCUGUUGUGUUGUGGCAUGGCUUCUCCUCAUUUCAAUUGACCAAGAGUUUGUUUGCGUUUCGAGUUUGGUACAAGUAAAAUCUGUUCUGUUGGUUUGUUGUGUGCAUUAUCAUUUCCUGGAAGUUACUGCGUUUGGAGCGAGCUUCGCCAUGGAUACGUCACCAUCGCCACCUACGUCGUCAUCGCCGCCGAGCUCGACAUCGAAACGGCAACAAUUAUUUGGCAUUGCAACGCGAAGCUGUGAAUUGACCCUUCAAACUCCGCAGAUCAUUUGUGAGCCAAAAAAGUCCGGCGGCUUGGCGGGCGGCCUUCUGAAGGCAAAGCGCGAGCAACAGAAAGUCAUCGUCUCCAAGGGGACGCUCGUGAAAAUCCUGGACGCAAACGGCUCCAGCUCGGUGAAUGUCCAGGUCAUGGACUAUAUCAACAAGAACCCGAUCUGGGAGAACAUGUACAAGUGCGCGGCGGACAGCGUUCGCCAGGUGCCGCAGGACACAUGGCCCUAUGUGAUAGCCAUCGCUGACCCUGAGGAGCGCCUCCGCUUCGCCUUGAACUCGAAAUGGUGUCAGAUCAUACUCUCACUGAAAAUCGGGUCAAUUGUUUCCGUGUCAGCGGAGCUGUUCAAGAAGUCGAGCUCGUUCGACUACAAUUGCAUUGUACGGUACAUUGGUCUCGUUCCAGAGAUUGGUCCCGGCUACUACUUUGGACUUGAGCUCUUGGAUCUCUGCAAUGGCACAUCCCCACAGUGUGAAGACAUAACCUUCCUAAGUAAAUACAUACCAUGCGAACCAACGCUGUCUUUAAUAGUAGCAUCGAACUGGAUCAACCGCAAUUCGAAAGAAAACAAGGCACUGAAAUUUUCACCAAAAGAUCUACUAACUGAUACCCUUGAUAAAGCAAAAACCGCCUUCGGUGCCCGACAAUCAUCCUUGCGACGACCCAAGCGCCCAAAACAAUUAAGACGGUCUGGCUCAUUCGACAAGGAGAAAGAGAACUUUCCCAUAACCAUAUCACCAAAAAACCUUUCCCCUUCACCCUCAAAUGGAUAUUCUGAAUAUGAGAAUGUCAAAACUGUAAUGGACCCGACGAAAAUAACGUACAGUAAAUCAACAGCUAGUAGUGGACUAUCAUCAAUAUCAACAAAGACAUCAGGAACCAACUCUGCUAUUUAUCCAAAGAGAGACAAAUCCACAAACACAAACUUUGAUAAUGAUAUAAAUACAAGGCCACCGGACAAGGACCGUCGUGAUCGAGCAAACCAAAGUAACCUAAACAACAUAGACGAGGACUAUGCACAAUUCAUAGAGAAGAAAGAGCGAAAGCUGAACAGUUUGGAACGACAAAUCCAUAAGCAAAGCAGCAGCACAGACACUGCCGGAGGGUCUGACAGUAGUGAUAAGCAACAGCCACACAUUCCAGUAAGCAUUCUAAAACAAUCCAAAACUAAAAAGAAGCUACCGGUUCACACUAGCACCGUUAAACCCAAUACAAUAAUGAGCUACGAAGAUCGUGAUAUUGUUGUAAUAGAUAAGGCAGAUAUUAAGGAAUCCACAAUGAAUGAAAGUGAAGUGAUUGUAGUACAGAAGGACGUAGAUUUGGCUGAAUUGUUAGGUUCCAACUGGCCCACAAAUGCUGGUGAAGCGGCCGUUGUGCUAAAUGCCGAGAAUAGUAAGGCAACUGCCGUUGGGAGUAGCAGCAGCAAUAGUAGCGUUAGUAGCUACAGCACAAGGAAUGAUAGAAACAAGUCAGUAAAUCCACUGUCACAUCUGAUUGCAACAAAGAAUGAUAAACGCUAUAAGGAGAACAAUAUAAUGCAGCCAGGGGACAAUAACUCAACCGCAACAGUAGACGCAAAAAAACAAAAUAAAAAUCCUGAACCAAUCUACGACAAUGCACCAUCGCUAGUGUCAGUGACUCCGAUAGAGGAUGAACACAUAUCACCCUCACCACUUUCAGAAAUACCAGGCGCAAACCUCGGUGUCGGAUCAAUGGUUGAGGUUUCAACCGACGUAUGUGAAGAUCUUUACGGUGUGAUACGAUGGAUUGGGUGUCCACAAGGUUCCCGAAGUGUUAUGGUGGGUGUUGAGCUUGAGGACGAACAAGAAGAUAGACCAUUAAAUUUGACAAAUGGCACCCACAAUGGAGUUAGACUGUUUAGAUGUCCGGAAAAUCGGGCAUUAUUUGUACAUCCAACACAGUGCUCUAAAGAUAGACGCUUCCAAGAUAUUGAGUUACCACAAGCAGCGGCAGUAGCCACAGCAUCCACCAGUCAAAGCGCUAAACUCUCAGAUGCGCAAACAUUCGGGCAAGUGGAGUGCCCAGCGGUACCUGGAAAAGUUCCACCAUUGAAAAUCUUAAGUACUGAAGGAUUAGAGGAAAUCUGCGGUAAAUUUAAAGGCAUUCAAGGACAUCACAAUUCAUGUUACCUCGAUGCAACCCUAUUUUCUAUGUUUAUGUUCACAUAUGUUUUCGAUUCUAUACUGUUUCGACCACAAUUUGCUGACGACAUUCCAGCCUAUAAAGAAGUACAGAAAGUUUUGCGUGAAGAAAUUGUUAAUCCUCUGCGUAAAAAUCUUUUUGUCCGAGCUGAUCGUGUGAUGAAAUUGAGACAAUUGUUGGAUAAAUUGAGUUCAGUUAGCGGUCUUACAUGUGAAGAAAAGGAUCCAGAAGAGUUUUUGAAUAGUUUGUUGGCUCAAAUUAUGAAAGCUGAGCCGUUUUUGAAACUUAAUUCUGGACAGGAUGCAUUCUACUAUCAACUAUUCGUCGAAAAAGAUGAAAGACUUAGUUUCCCAUCGGUGCAACAAUUGUUUGAACAGAGUUUCCAUGCUUCCGACAUUAAACUUAAGGAAGUGCCUUCUUGCUUAAUUAUUCAAAUGCCUCGUUUUGGCAAAAAUUUCAAAAUGUACCCGCGAAUUCUACCAUCUCAAGUGUUGGAUGUAACAGAUAUUAUUGAAGAUUCACCAAGACAAUGCUCCGUAUGUGGAAAACUGGCUGAGUAUGAAUGUCGUGACUGUUUUGGCUCACUUCAAUGUGCUGCCGGAUUAGAAAGUACAGCCUUUUGCAAAAACUGUUUAGAUACAGUGCAUGGCCAUUCAAAAAGAUCCAGCCACACCCCCAGAAAACUAUCAGUUCCCUAUGACUUCAAGAUAAUGCCAGACUAUGUUCCCGUUCCGCGUAUUUUCAUGGAACUUUUCGCAGUUGUGUGCAUCGAAACAUCCCACUACGUAGCAUUUGUGAAAGCUGGAUGCGGUCAAGAUGCACCUUGGUGCUUUUUCGACUCUAUGGCUGAUCGUAAAGGUGAACAAAACGGCUACAACAUACCCGAAAUGGUAUCGGUGCCAGAUCUGCCACAUUGGCUAUCAGAAGAAGGAGCGCGUGUGAUCAAUGAGGCGGCAUCCAAUGAUAAAAUGCUUCCAGAGCAUGCAAAACGUCUGCUUUGCGAUGCGUACAUGUGCAUGUAUCAAAGCACCGAUGUUAUGAUGUAUCGUUAAAAAUAUUGAACACUUUGUUGAUAACGUUAGUACCUCUGCGUAGUAUUUAUGGUUAAGAGAUGAGUUAGCAUGUAAGGAUGCAAUAAUAAUGUAGUGAACAUGAAAAUUUUAACAGCUUUAAGUUGGUGUUAAACACUUUGAUGAAAUGAUCUUUUACUAUAAUCACAUAUACAUACAAUAUUGAUGUAAUAAGAAUUCAUUAACGACAUUUAUUUAUUUGAUUUCUCACAGACGAGCAGAAAAUGGUUUCAAAUAAACUAUUGUAUUAGUUUUAAUCCGAAUUUUCCAUGUAUUGUUUUAAUAAAGUAGUUUUUACUCAGCA